CUGGAGAUGCUCCAGUUGUCUCUUCUUGUGCUGACUAGAGUAGAGCAUUCCUGUUGCUCAGCUCUUCAGGACGAAUUAAGGCAGGUUUCAAUUCUGAGGCACCUGCGGGUCUUGCUCAAACGUCUUGCCAAACCAGGAGUGCUUCAUAACAACAGACACCCUACAAGAAACAAAUCGUGUUUUACCAGCACUGUGAUGUGAAUUCUCCCUUCUGUUUAUUUCUGCAUAUGCAUUGAGCUCGGCAACAGAGUGGAUUGUUCUUGCAACUCACCUGCCCCUCCUGGUGGUGUAGCUCUUGUGUAUAAAGGAAAGAGACAGAUAAAUACUUCAGACAGGCAUUGGAAAAGGCCAAAAAUAAUAGAGACUUGAACAGAUUUAGUAAUUGACUGUAUUUUAGAUUAUCUCUGUUUUGAAUCACAUAGUACAAGGUUGAUUAGAAAAAUGGGGUACAUUUUCCAAGUAGAUUGGAGUGGGUAGUUUAAAUUACAUGUUGUGUGUGAUAAUGCAGGCUUGGAAACUAGCUUCUCUGUAGACUGACUGGGAUGCUUAACCCUAGGAAAGCUUCUGUAAUGGAUAUUAAAGACUAAAUUAUGAAAACAGCAGCAAUAGAAGGGAGGGAUCCUGGAUAGUAUGGCUUUAUGCCAUGAUGCAAAAGCACAGAAUGUAUGCUUUGGGAUGAAGCUUGGGCUUUUUUGAAAGGCUUUUAGUCCAGUUAACUGUGAUGUUUGGGCAGUGUUUGUUGAGUUUAAAGUUUGGUUAUUGAAUUAAGUUUUAAAAACUUUAUGCGAGGAUGUUUUUUUAGUAAAUACACUUCCGAAGUUCUUUACAAGAAGUACGGUUCCAAGAAAAACUGACCAUUUUAUAAACACUAUUAGCUUUACAUACAAACCGAUUUAUAUGACUAUGUUUCAUUUACACAGCAAGUCUCAGAAAUCUCAUGAAUGUUUGAAAUCACUGCUGCAUAAACCUGCAUUCCUGUUGCUGCUUCUUUUUGGAUCGUCUCAGACCUGAUGGAUCUACUGAUGAGUAUUUGGCUGCAGAAGUAGAAAUGAGUGCAGGACAGAAAUUGUGGUAACGAGGCUAGUCCAGUGCUACGUUAUAUCCUGGAGUUAGUCUCAUACUUGAAGGAUCGUUUUACACCUGCUUUUUGUUUGUGCUGACAAACAGUAGAGGUUAAUGUUCUCAAAUACUUGUUAGACUGUAGUAAGAUGAUCACAGUAAAAAGAAUAGUGGCAGCUCAGGAUAUCUUCCCCUUCAUAUACUUCCCCAGUUACAUACUACUGCAUCUUUAAAAAAAUGAUGACUCUUACAUGGUCUUUGCUAGAAGAGCAGAUUUUAUGAAUGCUCCAAGGCUGCUUCAGUUUACAGUCAGAUGAGGUGGCUCCUUCAGCAGUGGUUUGCUGUAGCUUAUGUUGCCUGAUGCAGGUGGAGUUCUGGUGCUAUCUGUGUUGCUAACUGAGCUGUGGGAAUGCUGCCUCUGUCAGAAAGGAAGUAACCAACAACAUAAUAGUACUGGUGAAAGCUGACAUCUGUUAAGGCACAGUUUCUGUGGUGACUAUCUUCUCAGUAGCUGUGGUCUAAGGUCUGCAGCUAUGAAUACUGCUGUAGGAGUGUAUUUACCUGGUACUAUUUAAUGCAGAAAGAAGGCUGAAAAUGCAUAGAGCUAAAGAAUAACUUGUGGGGAAGAGACUGUGCUUUGUUGAUACCCACUGGGGUCUUUUCCAGGCAUUGGAUUAUCCUGGUGAGUUUUAAUGAGACAGUUUGUUCUUUGCUGUCAGCUUGGUUGUGAUCAGAUUUGCUGAUUGACCUCAGCAUUGAAUAAAAAUGCAACAGGAAACAGUGGAGUGACCUGGAAAGCUCCAACCAGGAUACAGUCACAGGGGAAUCAGUUGUAUGUGGUUGUACUCUCAAUAGAAGAAACAAUUAACAAAAGUGUGUGGCAGAAAAGUCAUUUCACUUCAGUCUGUCUGCUCUCCUCAGUGUGGUCUGAGCUUUUGGUGCGAUUUGGUGUUGAAGUAAUUAUAGAAAGUCAUUAAAUUUGGCAGAGACUUUGGGACAUGACUGGCUAAAACCAGGACACUGUGAAACCAAGAGUUAGUGCAAUUAAUAAGAACAGAGUUUCUAAAAAUAUGAACUAUCAGCAAUUAGAAAAACAUGUGAAUAGAUGCAGAUUGUUGUUCUGUGAAGGUGUCUUUGCUCUUUGAAGCAGCUGGUAGUAGAUGACUCGUGGACCUGCUCCACUCUGGCUCUACAUACCUUCCUCAAUAGCUGGAAGCCUCCAUAGAUGUGUUCUUGAUCCUGCAAGUGGGCUCAGCAGGGAAAGGACAAGAGUUCAGGGGAAAAAAAGUGCUUUAAGUACAAGCAGAUCCAGGAAAUAGCCUGGCAGAUUGCAACGGCAGCCUGCUGCCAAGAAGUGCGGGCAGGCACCAGUUUCCUACUCAGCUUCUUCCCUCCAUUUGCAUGUGCAUUGGAAUAGUGGCUGUUCUAAUCAUUGCAGGAGUUAAACCAACAUCUCACAAACAUGGCAGACGAGGACCUUAUUUUUCGUAUGGAAGGGAUUGAUAAUGCUAGAUCGACUACAGUGAACUCUGGAAAUUAUCUUGAUGCUGAUAGUGAUGAUGAAGACAACUAUUUUAUCUGUCCAAUAACUGAUGAUCCAGUUUCUAUCAAGUCUACCAGUAUCAAAGUUGACAAUUAUUACAGUAACUUAGCAAAAACUGAGCAGUACAGUUCAAGCUCGUCUCCUAGAAACUCGUUUAGCUUUAAGAAUGACACACAGCAUCGCUCUAAGCACGGCUCUGUGGUUGACCAUAGUCGGGAAACCUGGAAACAUGCUAUUCAGAAAGCUAAACACAUGCCUGAUCCAUGGGCAGAAUUUCAUCUUGAGGACAUUGAGACAGAACAAGCCACUCGUUACAGGUACAAUGCAGUUACUGGGGACUGGGUUGAAGAUGAAGUUCUCAUCAAGAUGGCUUCACAACCUUUUGGCCGUGGAGCAAUGCGAGAGUGUUUCAGAACGAAGAAGCUGUCCAACUUCUUACACACACAGAACUGGAAAGGUGCCUAUAACUAUGUUGCCAAGCAAUACAUAGAGAGUGUGGGCAGGGAGGUGUAUUUUGAGGAUGUCCGACUUCAGAUGGAAGCAAAACUCUGGGGAGAAGAGUACAACCGGCACAAGCCACCAAAACAGGUGGAUAUAGUACAGACCUGUAUUAUUGAAAUGAAGAACAGACCUGGGAAGCCUCUCUUUCAUCUGGAACAUUAUAUUGAGGGCAAAUACAUCAAAUACAACUCAAAUUCUGGGUUUGUGCGAGACGACAACAUUCGUCUUACUCCCCAAGCCUUUAGUCACUUCACCUUUGAGCGCUCGGGACACCAGCUCAUUAUUGUUGAUAUCCAAGGAGUUGGAGAUCUUUACACGGACCCUCAGAUCCAUACAGAGAAUGGUACAGAUUUUGGAGAUGGCAACCUAGGUGUUCGAGGUAUGGCUUUGUUCUUUCAUUCUCAUUUCUGCAACAAGAUCUGUGAAAGCAUGGGUCUUGCACCAUUUGAUCUUUCAUCCAAAGAGAAAGAUGCCUUGGAUUGUAAUAAAAAACUGCUUGAAUCUGCUCAAACAAUUCUCCGUGGCACAGAGGAGAAGUGCGGCAGCAGCCGGGUGAGAACAGCCUCUGGCAGCCGCCCCCCUCUGCUCUCCCGCCUGUCUGAAACCUCUGGAGAUGAAAGCAUGAGUGAUGUGGCAUUUGACUCUCUACCGUGCUCUCCCUCCUCAGCAACCCCUCACAGCCAAAAGAUGGACAUGCUUAAUUGGCCUGUGUUCAAUGAGGUAGAUAAUUUGGUUCACAAAGAUGAUGAUCAGCUUGAUAAUCAAAGGGACUUUGAAAAUGGUGGAGACAGUGGGUAUCCCAGUGAAAAGAGAAGUGAUCUAGAAGAUCUGGAUCACAGAGAGAGGGGCCAUUCAAACAACAACCGAAGACAUGAAUCUGAUGAAGACAGUUUGGGAAGCUCUGCAAGGAUCAGUGUGGACAAAUGGAAUCUCUACAACUCUUCCAGAGUCCACAUCCACCGACCAUCCUGCGUUGCCCAAGAAAUUCAGAGGCUCAAUGCACUGGAACUUGAAAAGAAAAUUGGGAAGUCAGUCCUUGGGAAGGUUCAUUUGGCCAUGGUUCGCUAUCACGAAGCUGGGCGUUUCUGUGAGAAGGACAAGGAAUGGGACCAGGAGUCAGCCCUGUUCCACCUGGAGCAUGCUGCUGACUGUGGGGAGCUGGAAGCCAUCGUUGGGUUAGGACUCAUGUACUCCCAGCUGCCACAUCACAUCCUUUCUGAGGUCACUCUGGAGGAUACAAAGGAAAACAGAAAUAAAGGAUUUGAUUACUUGCUAAGAGCAGCAGAAGCUGGGGACCGACCUUCCAUGAUUCUGGUAGCAAGAGCAUAUGAUACAGGUGUCAAUCUUGGCUCAGACAGAGAACAGGACUGGAAGGAGGCACUGCACUGGUACAAUACUGCACUGAACAUGACUGACUAUGAUGAGGGAGGUGAAUAUGAUGGCACUCAGGAUGAGCCCCGCUAUCUGCUCCUGGCCAGGGAAGCUGAGAUGUUAAUGAUGGGAGGGUUCCACCUGAAUAAGGAUCCUCAGAGAUCAGGUGAGCUGUACACAGAAGCAGCAGAAGCAGCAAUGGAAGCCAUGAAGGGCAGACUGGCAAAUCAGUACUACCAAAAAGCAGAAGAGGCUUGGGCAAUGAUGGAAGAAUGACACUGCAAUAAAGCAGUAUAUAUGUGUAUAUAAAUUUUUAUAUAGACUUGCUGCAUUUGCAGCUAAAAAGAACUAUUUUAUUUGUUGUUACCAGUUUCUUUUUUUCUAUUUUAGUUUUCUAAUUUUUUUAGGGGAGAAAUCCAAAUCUUAAGUGGUAUGUAGCAUGCCAUGCCUUACUUUUGUUAGUGUUUUAAAGCUGUAAUACAGAUACACUUGAACCUUUUGUAUUUUUGUAACUGUUAGAUCUGAGGGGGUCUAGUUUUUUUUGGCAAAAAAAUGAAGUUGGUAUCUGUUUAGGUUUCACAUGUCCUGUUUUUUAUGUAGCAAAUGAUCAGUGUGUUUACAUUUUUCUUCUCUUCCCCACAUACAGAAGAACAUUUUCCUAAAAUCUCAGCAUUUCUUCAUCAUUAUUGGUGUAUCUCACCAAAUUUGCAUGCAAAUGUAAACUUGCCAUUCAAGCAUGCAGCUACUGAUUUUAAUAAGUAGUCCAUUCUGUUGUGCUGGUGUCAUUGGGAGCUUCUUUUAUUCAUCUCAGACAGAAUCCUUAUGGUUUGGGGAGCAAAGGGGAAGAUGCUUCAGACUGGCAGUGAGGCUAUUCAGGAUGGAAUGUUUUAUUCAUGACCAACAUUCUGAUGGAAAAAUAUGCCAAGUCCCUCAUUCCUGACGAAGUGAGGCAUCCAGCUACCUCUCUCAUUUUCAAAUCUUGCACCAUAUAAUAACCUACGUGUAUAAAAUUCUACUUACAUUUGUCCAGUGAUGUACAGUAGCAAGAUCUGUUACAUAUGGAUAAUCUGAAGUUAUUUUUACAGUGACAUCUCAAUUCUCAGUGAAGCCAGAUCAUCUCAUAAAAUGAAAAUACACUUUUCACCAUUUCUGGAGGGAUAGUUGAAAAGGUUAGAGAAUGUUGAUUCACCUAUUUCUCUGUAUAGAAAAUAAUUCAUCUGUUUUAAAUAGCUUUUUAAAGAGAGUUUUAUCUGCUAAUGGUCUCAGACAUCAGUUAGAGAAAAUUGCUUGUUGAAAAGAAAAAAACAGUGUUAUCCCCAAAUGUCCUGUUUCCAUAAUCCUAGCUAGUAAUGGGAGGACAAAUACAUGGUGGUGGUUGAAUUAUUAUUGUAUAGAGAGAAGUUUCUUCCAAAUCCAAUAUUGUAUUCCAAAGCUACUAUGCUAUUUAUACAGAUAGUAUAGAAUCUGCUUCUUGGUCUUGGUUAAGACUUACUUUGUGGGAGAUCAAGAUGAAAGCUCUUGCCUCCUUGGCCUUGUGGUCUCCUGAGGGUUUGAAUUGAUACAAAUAAAGAGCAGCCAUGUGAACACCUGUAAUAGUCACCAGCCUCACUUUAGCCAAGCUUGUAAAAGCAUGCUUAAAAUUAAGAAGGCUGCUUGAUGAUCCAGUUUAUUUCAUUGGGACUUCUUGCAUACAUAGCCAAGUAAUGUUAAUUUCUUGUAAAAUGUAGAAACAGUUCAAGGAACAAAAAUAAUUUCUUCCCUUCCUGUGCAAGUGCCCCUCACUGGGCUACAAAGUUGUGCUCCCCAUUUACCUUCUUUCUGGCAAGUUGGUCUUGAAUUACUGUUUAAAUAGUAUCCAAGCAUGAUGACAGUAACAACUGCCAUACCAAAAGAGGUGGUAUCUUGGUGGUUAAGGAAAUUGGAUGGGAAGAUUUGAACCCUUUCUAGGAGGGAAGGAAAAGUUAUCCUUGGAUGUCGUGUUUCUGGGUGGGUGCCGUAGCCACCAAGCAGUUGUGGCACCAAUAGAGUGAGUAGCCUUGCAACACGUGGCCACAUCUUGCUGUAUGAUGCAGGAGGAAUAUAUAUCUUGCUGUAUAAUGUAGUAACAUAGUGCUUAUGGCCUUUUUAUUUUGUUUAUGUUUUGAGAGUGAUGAUUAAGCUCUUCACCCAUUAAUGGAGGAAUCUCUAAUUCCUAGAUCUUGGUUGGGCUUAGGUAGAUAUUAAGCUAGAUACUAAAAUAACCAAAUUUUUUUUACCUAAUAUGCUGAAACAGAACCAGAGUUUGUAGGAUUGCAGGUCAGGUGGAUGUUUUAAGUGCUUAUCCACAGUUCUGCAUUAGGUGCCUAAAGCCUCUUUUGGAUGUGGCCUUUUUGCUCUUUCAGUUCAUAGCAUUAAAAUAUUUGCUUUCAAGGAAAGGUGACUGUUCCAUUCACCUCUGAAGGCAGCUGAACAGUCUGUGUUGUGCAGAACCAAGACAAUGUAGGCACUACAAGAAAUGCUGACACAAGGAUUUGUUUUCCUCAUAAGGUGUUGAUGCUAGGUCUUAGAGAUUUUCCUUGAGAAGGAAGCAUGUGUAACACCACCACCAGUCAUGUAGGAAGGAGAGGAGACUGAAUGUGCCUGUCAAAACAUGUACAUAAAGGAUCUGGGGUGUAAUUGACACUUUUUGAUGUAGUUUACUUUGCUAAAUUUAGUAGUUGCUGAAGUUGCUGAUAGUUCUUUUAGAUCUGCUAUGUAAAUGUGGACAUAGCUCAGUGAAAAAAGUAUGGUUCAUUCUUUCUUUGCAGAUACUAAUUUUUAGUGAUGUAGGCUGCCUUCUGUGCUAAGGUGGUAUCAUAUUAUUUAGCUAUGCAAUAAAUAGGACUGUCUGUAAUUGGAAAAUGGGAAUUGUUUGCAGAAGUAUGCACAAACUACAACAUUCUUUUGAAGAGAAAGCCAAUAUAUUUAGCAGACUUUUGGAAUUAUAUUGCUGUAUGCUGCAUUUUUAAUCUAUUCACAAUGAAUAAAUAAAAAUCUGUAUUUUUAAAAAAUGUGAAAAUAAAUCUGAGGCUCAGCUUACCAGAACUUACCUGGGUUCAGCGUUUCUGGAUGUCAGUGGGAAUAUUGCUUGGGUAAAGACAGUGAGAUGGAAGCCUUUGUUUGUAUGUCUGACAUGCAAAUACUGCUUGCAUGUAUCAAUUACUUUGUCUGGUUUCAUUCUGGCUGGUUAAUAAAGCUGUUCUUUUUGUCAAUUAGUCAUUGCAUGGGGGGGUUGCUUUUGCUUUUUUCUUGACAACUUGCCAAAUUUCAGUCCAACUAUUGCAAGCUUCCAGAAAUCCUCAGUGUUGUUUCUAUUAUUCCAUCCCUGAUUUAAUUAACUUUCAACAGUCAGGAGUAACUAACUGGGUGGAAAUAAUUACAUGUGUACCAAUAAAAUCUGUUUUUCUUAAGAAAA